UUGAUUAACGUGUACCUCGGGCCUAACUCGAAGAAGAGGAAGAAGAAGCCCAACAACAAUAACGAUGGGAGGACGAUAAAACGUCUGUAAAGUGAUUUUUUGUGACUAAUAACUUGCUUUUUACAGAAAUGUCGCUGCAACAACAACCGCCAUCAAACCCACAGGCGGUUCUUCAGCAGCCUUCACAACAACAACAGCAGCAGCUAAACCAGCAGCAGGAUUUUGACCCAGUCCAUAGGUUUAAAAUGCUGAUUCCUCAGUUAAAAGAGAGUUUACAGAAUGUUAUGGCCAUUGCUUCACAAAAUUUUUCACACAAUACUGCAAUUGAUAACGGAAUAAAGAGUAAUGAUUCCACAGUUCAGCGAUUUGACAAGAGUUUAGAAGAGUUUUACGCCCUCUGUGAUCAGCUGGAACUCUGUCUGCGCUUGGCUCACGAGUGUCUCUCUCAGAGCAUCGACAGUGCCAAACACUCUCCAAACCUGGUGCCUACAGCGACCAAACCUGACACAGUGCAAACAGAGUCUUUGUCUUACUCUCAGUAUCUUAGCAUGAUCAAAUCUCAGAUAUCUUGUGCUAAAGACAUCCAUAAUGCUUUGCUGGAAUGCUCCAAGAAAAUCGCGGGAAAGAGUCAGCAGCAAGGCAUCCUAUAACAGUGCUCAUGUGCUGAGUCUCAUGUCCUUAGAUUGUCCUGAGAAGGAAAGUGUCUUUAUUUGCAGCUUGUAAACAAAAAUAAUACAAAAUACAGUUUUGGUAUAAAGUUUUGAAGAUUAAAAAUGCA